CUCAGUCACGUUUCCUUUUUCCUGAAACUUGGGAUAUAGAUCAGUACCACGCUACUACUGCUGCAAUUUUAUUCCAUUGAAAUAAAGUAUUAAAAAGGUGCGACUUGAAUAAAUGAAUAAAAAACAUCUUAAUUUCUGAAAAAAGAAGAGUUCGAUCAGGUCAAGUGAUCCACUUGCAUAAUUUUGCAAGUUAUUGACCAUCUAAUCAUUUAUCUCAACUUCAUUUUGCUCGUGCUUUUUGGUUUUAUUAGCCUUCGUACAAAUGGAUCCUCUAGGCAGUCCUAUAUCUACUUCGAGAAUCGAGCUUACCAUAUGGUGCAGGAGCCUGAAAAAUAAAGACAUAGCUUCAAAGUCAGAUCCAAUGUGCAUUUUGCAGCUGAAGAAUGAAGAAAAUGACAACUAUGAGGAGAUUGGGCGCAGUGAGCGAGUGGAGAACUCGUUGAACCCUGACUUCACCACCAAGAUGCUCCUCACUUACCACUUCGAGAGGAAACAGGCACUCAAGUUCUGUCUGUACGACUGUGACGAGGGUCUGUCCAACCCGAAGAAAGCAGAUGAGUUGGGGUCAAUCAAGGUCAACUUGUCAGAGAUAGUUCAAGGUCACUUGCGACAUGGGAGGCUUCUGGAUGACUCCGGGAACAAGAAUGCCACUCUAUACGUCACUGCACGGGAAACAGUAGACUGCAGGCAAAGCUAUGUGUUCAACUUCGUGGGAAGGAAGCUGGACGACAAGGACUUCAUCACCAAGUCAGACCCAUUCCUAGUGUUCCACAAGAAGACCAGAGACGGGAGUUUCACCCCUGUCGGUCAGACGCCUGUGAUCCGGGAUGACCUUAACCCGAACUGGCCCACUUUCCGCAUCAACUGCGCCACAUUCUGCGACAACAACCCCCACCUGCAACUCAAAAUAGACUGCUUCGACCACGAGCGGGACGGAAAACACGACCUCAUCGGAACUUUCUUCACCACAGCCGCAGAACUCACAUCACCAACCAGCAGGAAGGAGUUCGAGUUGAUCCACCCGAAGAAGAAGGAGAAGAAGAGUUCUUACAAGCACAGUGGACUCAUCUUCCUGGAGAGAUACAAGCUGGAGGAAGACUGGGAGUUCAGCCACUUCGUCCAGGCAGGACUCCAGCUGAACUUCACCGUCGCUAUUGACUUCUCAACCUCAAAUGGUGACCCCUCGGACCAGACCUCUCUUCACUACUUCAACCCGGCAUACCCCUUCAACCAGUACACCACAGCCAUAGAUGCAGUGGGCCAGAUUGUGGAGGACUACGACGCGGACAAACUGUUCCCCGUCUAUGGCUUCGGGGGACAGUUCUUCAACAGCUCACACACACAGGACUGUCAUCCACUGAACGACAACACCUCCAAUCCGCACGUGGUGGGUGUGCAGGGCAUCCUGGAUGCAUACAGGUAUGCUCUCUCGGCCACCAAACUGGCACAGCCAACUAACUUCAGCCACAUCAUCAACAACGCCACGCUGGCUGCCUCCGAGUACCAGAGUGGACUGCACUACUUCAUCCUCCUCAUCAUCACCAAUGGACACAUCUCAGACAUGGACAAGACCAAGUGCGCCAUCGUAGAGGCCUCCAAGUACCCCCUGUCCAUCAUAAUAGUGGGAGUGGGGGAGGGGGACUUUGAGGCCAUGCACCAGUUGGACUCGGACAUGAAGAUGUUGAGAGAUGUCCAUGGCAGGAAGACACAGAGAGACAUAGUGCAGUUCGUGUCUCUAAGAGAGGUGUUUGGCACCUCGUUUGUCCCCAGCAAGAUGGCCGAAUACCAGCGAAGUCUCUCUAAGAAGGUCCUGGCAGAAGUGCCCAAACAGGUCAAACUCUACAUGAAGUUCAAGGGCAUCCGACCCAUAGAUGUCUACAAUUCAUACAUGAUUCAUCAUCCGAAUUCAACAAGCGCAUCGCCAAUUGGGGCUCCCACAAAUGCUAUCCCAAGUCACUUUUAAACGUUUGGCUUAUACUUCAUUAUGUGAGCCAAUAUCUUUUUCCAGUAUCCUCGCCGUAGUUGUUUGCUUGUUUUCCAUUGAAAGGAUCAUUAAUUAUAUUGUAGCUGAAUCAAUAUUGAAAUGGUUUAAAAUACAAAGAGGACCUCUGUUUGUGAUAAACUAAACACAA